GUUAAGGAAUCAGAAUUUAGAAUUCAGAAUUGAGAGAGGCAAAGACAAUGGAGGGGCCUCCGCCCAACGACUGCUGCUCUAUUUGCCAUGGAUACUUUAACGUUCCUUGCCAAGCCAAUUGUUCUCAUUGGUUCUGCGGUAACUGUAUUAUGCUUGUUUGGCAACAUGGAUCCCCAUUUCAAACUUGUAAAUGCCCUCUGUGUCGGCGUCAGAUUACUUUGUUAGUUCCUGGUGAGGCCUCAUUAAGGGAGCGUCAUAAUCCAGCAGUUGCUGAGAUUCUGGAAAAGGUUGAAAAAUACAACCGUUACUUUGGUGGACAAUCCAAUGGUCUCAUUCAGAGACUGCAAGACCUUCCUUUUCUGCUUCGCAGAUUGUUACGAGAAAUAACAGAUCCUCAAAGAACUCUUCCUCUUGUUAUCAGAGCUCGUAUAUAUCUUGCAAUGUUCUUAAGUGCCAUCUACGUAUUCAGCCCCAUAGAUAUUAUUCCUGAAGCUAUCUUGGGGGUAGUCGGCCUUUUGGAUGAUCUUCUUAUAGCACUUGUCGGUUUUCUCCAUGUUGCCACCAUCUAUCGGUCUGUUCUAUACUCUCGUCAUGGAGGUUCUUGAAGUUUAUCGGGGCAAUGAUACAGGUAAGAUUGCUAGUUCUCAAGAGAAAGCUAAACUCAGCAGAAUGAGUUGGAAAUAUGUAGUUUUAUGGAUAUUGAAUCAAUUUUAGAUCUGUUUCAAGUAGUUAUAAAGUGCGUAAAGUGUAGUGUUGUACAACUAUGUUACUCCUUACUCGAACUUAGGUGUGUUGGACAUGGAUAUAUUCCUUUGUUUUUAAAUAUGAUGUAUUAAAAGGGUUUCUAGAA